CACACGGCCCUGGGAGCUUGGAGCUGCGUAGAGCCACCGCACCAAAGACAAGGAGACGCACAGCAGCACCUUCUUUUUUUGAUUUUGUGCUAAAGGGACUUAAACCCGGGGAAUUAAGGGAGUUUUUUUCAUCCUGUCCGCGUCGUCUCACUCAAUCCGAACGUGGCCAUUUGCUCAAUGUCAUCAUGAUCAUCUUCUCGUCACGCAGUGUACUGCUGUCAGUCUAUUAUCCGCAGAUCUUCCUGAUCCUGACGAGUGGCAGCUACCUGGCCCUGUCCUCGGUGGUGGCUCUGGGUGCCAACAUCAUCUGCAACAAGAUUCCCGGGCUGGCACCUCGCCAGCGGGCCAUCUGCCAGAGCCGCCCGGACGCCAUCAUUGUUGUGGGCGAAGGCGCCCAGAUGGGCAUCAAUGAGUGUCAGUACCAGUUCCGGUAUGGACGAUGGAACUGUUCGGCGCUGGGGGAAAGGACAGUCUUCGGUCAGGAGCUGCGAGUAGGCAGCCGGGAAGCUGCGUUCACCUACGCCAUCACAGCGGCAGGGGUGGCCCACGCCAUCACAGCGGCGUGCAGCCAGGGCAACCUGAGCCAGUGUGGCUGCGACCGGGAGAAGCAGGGCUACUACAAUCAGGAGGAGGGCUGGAAGUGGGGAGGCUGCUCGGCUGACAUCAAGUACGGAAUCGAGUUCUCUCGUCGAUUUGUGGACGCCCGCGAGAUUAAAAAGACCCCACGGCGCCUCAUGAACUUGCAUAACAAUGAAGCCGGGAGAAAGGUACUAGAAGAAAGGAUGAAGCUAGAGUGCAAGUGCCACGGCGUCUCUGGCUCCUGCACCACCAAGACCUGUUGGACUACACUUCCCAAGUUCCGAGAGAUUGGCUACGUACUCAAGGACAAGUACAACGAAGCCGUGCACGUGGAGGUAGUCCGGGCUAGCCGACUGCGCCAGCCCACCCACCUCAAGGUGAAGCAGACUCAGGGCUACCGCAAGCCCAUGGAGACAGACCUCGUCUACAUCGAGAGGUCGCCCAACUACUGUGAGGAGGACGCAGCCACGGGGAGCGUGGGCACCCAGGGACGCCUGUGCAACCGCACCUCGCCACACACAGACGGCUGCGACCUUAUGUGCUGUGGCCGGGGCUACAAUACACACCAGUACACCAAAGUGUGGCAGUGCAAUUGUAAGUUCCAAUGGUGCUGCUUCGUCAAGUGCAACACAUGCAGCGAGAGGACGGAGGUGUUUACCUGCAAAUAAGGACGCUUAAGGAACGCAGUGCCAGGGAGUGAGGCGCCAAGGACUAAGUGAACGAGGAAGACUCGAGCGAGCGAGAUAAAAGUGUGACGUGGACCAGUGAGAGAUUUAAAAAAAAUAAUGAAAUGGAAUUUACACUAUCAGCUCUUCAUGGCAUCGUUUUGCACAGCAAAAUCUAUCUAAUUUCUUUUCAGAAAGUAAAUGCUAAAUAUCAGUAGGUAAUAGCCCAGAACUUUACUGUCACAUAGAGAUUGUGCUCAUGUACUGAUGUAUCUGCAGUGAAGUCGGGACUACAGGUAAUGAACGAGGCCCUCGUGGGGACUGUGCUUUGCACUCUGGGAUUGUAAUUGUUGAAUUCACAAGAGACUCGUGCAUGGAGAGGAAACACAGUAACCUGGGAGUUGAUCAAAAUGACAGCAGCUGACGAGGGGUGACUGGGAGACAUUUGUCAAGUCUUUGAUUGAAAACUUUUAAGGGUUUUGUUAUAUUUUCACUUAAAAGGGGAGAAAAAGUGAAUCUUGACAUGAAUGACCCCCCCAAAUUGGCUGGGGCUUAUGUUGGAGGUUUGUAGAAAUGAAGAACAUUUUGUAAGUAUGGUGCGUUGGGGUGCGCCAAAAUCUGAGUGGAGAACUCUGUUAAACCCUCUGCUGCCAACUGGAAUAUGGUGGAGUAUGUUAGUUUUCCAGUCACACUGGAACUGUCUGUUCUGAACACUGAAAAUAAAUUGUUUAUUUAUGUUAUAGUAUCUUAAAACGAAGCACUAACGGGUAGAGAUGUCUUUUUUGUACUAAGUGUAAAGAGAAAUACUUUUUAGAAACGCUGACUGAAAAUGUUUGUCUAUUAGACACCCCCCCCCCCCCCCCC